CUCAAAAGCAAUGGAUAGUCAGAAAAAUGCAAUAGAACAAGCUCGCUCUAUCCUAGGCUUGACGAAAGAUGCAGAAUUUCUUCAAAGUUUCGUCAGAGUGGGCGUCACGGAAGAAGAAGAAGAAAGCCCGACUCCGAAAGCUUCCAUCAGCAAAAGAGUUACUCAGUCAGCGGAAAAACGCGAUGACGAAGUUCAGGAAGAUAAGUAUUCCCAUAAUGAACAAAAGGAGUCGUCUAAAUCACGGAAAAAGAAGGAACGUAAACCUAAACGAGAAAAAAGAAGGCGAGAAGAAGAAAUAUAUACUGACAAGGAUCGUGCAGCGGCAGUCGUCAUGGGCUCGAAGGAUAUAAAACAGUCUUUAAAUCUGAAAGACAAGGCAGAACGGAGCAGUGCUCUUCAGCUUCCUGAUGAGGCUGAUGCUGGUACUCUACUUGCGCUAGCUCGCGCGGAAAUGAUGAGAGAACGUUAUAGAAACGCAGUUUCUUUCGUCGACAAGGCAAUUGAACUAGCUCCUGAGGAGAAAGCAGCGUAUGUAGCGCGUAGUAAAUGCUAUUUGCUACUAGGUGAGCCCCGACGAGCGCUCGCUGAUGCCGAAACAGCGCUCAGCUUGGACCCCAAGCACGCAAAAGCACUGCUGCAGAAAGCAGAAGCACUUUACUACUGUGGGGAAUUCGAGAUGAGCCUCGUAUUCUAUCACAGAGGGCUGCGCGCAAGACCAGAUUUGAUCGAGUUCAGGCUAGGAGUACAGAAGGCUCAGGAGGCGAUUGAAAACACUAUUGGGGAAAAGCCGGUAAAAAAACCUGCACCAAAACGCUCUUCUUCAAAAUCCCAAAAGCCGGUAUUGGGCCAGCUGAUGUCCGACAAAUUAUAUCUAGAAAAUUUAUUGAAAAAUCCAGAUUUGGCCAUCGCUGACAAGAAGAACGAUAUUGUCACUAAACAGGCCGAAGAGGCGAUUAGGUUCUUAGAGAAUAGAGAAGAAUUUUGGAGACAACAACAAUCGUAGACUAAUAAACUGCUGUUUGAAUUUAGUUUAAUAUUUUUUCUUCCUUUAGUAAUGUAGGGCACUUUAUUGUAUAAAAAACCUCAAGUACUUACAGUAAACAUAAAAUCCGAUACUACCAUCAACUAGGCAGUACCCACAAAAUCUAUUUACCUUGAAUUUUACCUUAACAAUUUGUUCCUCUUUCAUUACAAGGACU